UGCUGCAUAGUUAAAGAAUUUGUCAAAAUAUGAUCUGAUAUCAGUUCAUCCAUUUCAUGCAUUUUAAGUCUGAUAUUUAGAGAUUUUUGACAUCUGCGCUUGACCCUCAGUGCAGGCGCCUAGUUGAGCUCUUGGCCGUAAAGUUGGAUUAUUCCCGAACUUCAUCCAAAAAUCAAACCACUGAUAAAAGAGCAAACUCCCCAAAUGAAACAAAAUCCCAUAGUUUAUUUUAUAUGCCAGCACGUGGAUCGUAUCAGAUGCAUGAUAUGUAGGUCUGAUGCUUUUUUAAUUCCCUCAUGGCUGGAAAUGAGAUCCGCUGCAGCUAUUGUUUGAUAUCCAUUACAAAGGGUUCAUUCAUUUUGCUGUUGUCGAUGAGGAGAGGCUGAGAUGUGACCUAACAUGCAUGUUAGGCCCACUGAAACGAUCUUGACACUUGUUUGAAUGCCUGUAGAUAUAACAGGCCGCCUCCUUCCAAAAGUUAUGUACGUAUCUAUGUUCGUGACUUUGUUCGCAAAGUUUCUCAAAGACUUCAUUUCAUCCACUCAAAGUCAGCUGACCCAUCAGGCAGUGACACUGGAGUAAAUAAAGGGGCGGACUCUAGAUAACUCAAUCAUAUAUGGGCAUGUAUUUAUCAUCUGGAGUGGUUUAAUCCAAAUACCUCACAUCAGUAUGAUGCUAAAUAUGAACUGAGACUAUGAGGAUUUAUGUUAACCUGCAAAUGAAGGUCAAAAGAAGCCCGUGCGCACAAAAAGAUGGGUAAACUUUGGCUUCAGGUGGCUUUGUAUCCACCAGCAGGCCCAGUUGAAAACAACUUGAAUGGCCUGCCAUAAGCUAAUAAGGGCCCUGAUGCCUUCCUUAUACCGUGCAUCCUGUGAGGCUCCCAGGAAUUCCGCUUUGAUUGCUGCACAUCCUCCCAGUUGCUCCAGUAACUUGGCCAUAAAACGCGGAUUCGUCUGGAGCAUUUGGAGUGUAGUGCAAUAAAGCGUCUGAGACCAAGGUUAUUAACUGUGACUAAGGGGCUGAAAAACAACGGCUGGGAGCAUUGAAAGCUUGUGUUCACGGACCUUUCCGGCGUCAUUUGUUUCAGCAUCUUACCGCGGUAGGAAUAUUCUGCGUUUGUGUCGCGUUGCACUGUAGGCCCUGCUGUCCUCUGUCCACUGGGUGGCGCUCCUCCGAUCAAUGUCAUUGCCGUGAAUUGAGAUAUAAAAGAAGUUUGACUCGCCGCUCAGCUGCUUUAAAAUAUGUCACCACAUCAGGAUUUCAAUGUUAAGGUAGGAACAGAAAUAUUGUCAUGUGCGUUUUAUGGCUACCAGGGGUUUCUUCAUGUCAUUUAAGGAAGGAGAUCUAUUUUUCUAGUUUAUCCCAUUUCAUCUCCAACUGAAAACUCAAGACGCUGUUUUCCAUUUAAGGUACAGAUGUUAUGAUGUAAUGCAAAUACUACUGGCAAAAUUACCAGAAGUAAGUUGUGCCAGUUUGUUUCUCUGUGAGCAUCAAAUUUAAUGUAGGUUCUCAGGUUGCAGUUUUGCAGAAUUUAUAGGCCUGGAGUGACUAAUGCGCACAAAGAAAUAAGAUCACUAGGGCCUAUAUUACAAACACUGUGUGGCUCACUGACUUUUAGAAUCCCCACACAAUUUAACACGUAAUUUAUACUUCAUUUUAUACAUCUUAACCCAUAGAUUUAUAUUGUUUAGUCGUUAUGUGAGCAACGUAAACUUGUGAAAAUGACAAAACUCAGAUUAUCCCACACACCAUUUGUUUAGUUUGAUCUUAAAAUGCAGUUUUGUUGUAACUUGUGUGCGUCAUUGUGCGCGUAUAGACACCGUUAGAGACAUUUUGACGCACAACAGUCAUUGUGGGAUUUUCAUUAAUUUUCUAACAUUUUUUUAAAAAACAAAAUUAAAUAAAUGAAUAAAAAAAAGUUUUAUGGCAAUAAUAAUAUAAGGGCAGCUCACCCACGGCGCACAUUGAAACAUCACAGGAAAUAAUCCAGUAGGGUUAAUGAUUAUUAUCAUUCAUUGCAGCCAGACAUGCUGCAGGUUUGACGCCAUAUAAAAUGGCUGUACAUAAACUGUAUCUGUGAUUUCUAGACUUUAUGGCUCCAGACUUAAAGGAAAAUGGAGGUAGCCGAUGUUGUAUUUCACCCACCUCUGGAGCCAUCUUUAGGCUGAUCUAAAUCUAUAGGCCUGCGUUAUAAAAUCCUGACUAUUGUCUUUUAAGGAAGGAGGCAUCGGUCAAUGUAUUUCUGACUUUAAAAAAAAUAAUAUUGCAGCAGCCCAGGCUAAUAAUUUAUGUGUCGUAGUUGCUUGCUUUAUAUUAUGAAGACUAGCAUUUAUUUUUAUUCAGUUACACGACGGACUUGUUUUACAAAAUUGUCUUGUGUAUUUUAAAUUAGGAUAAAAUGUCUAUCAUAUGACAUCAGGCCUCCUUAAGUUAUAGAAGUAUGUUCGUGUUUUGCAUGCUAUGCAUGUAUUUUUCAUUUAUUUUUUGCUUUAUGGUUGCCAGUUUUUAGACUAUUAUUACAAUUAUUGUUGGUAUUUUCGCCAUUACCUACAGCUCAGAUGCGUUGGCCUUAAACAUCUCGUAAAAAGGACAAAUAAAAAUAAAUAAAAUAAAAACAAGUGUAAAGGGCGCAAUGAGCAUUUUCUAUGUGCGUGAAUUUGAUAUUAGGUGUUGAUUUGAAAUUAAUCUUAAACUGAAUUUAGACAAAUAGUGGUUAUGUGUAUGUAGGCCUUGGAAUAGGUGUUUGCGUGUUUCUUAAUAGAUAGUAGGUAAAUACGUGGAGACAUGCACAAACUCCCAGUGCCUCUGUAAGGAGAUAAUAGCAAGAUUAAUAAGUUCUAAUGUCAUCCAAGCAGUAACGACCUACAUUUCUUGCAGUCUUGCCAAUAUUAAGUGAUCAUUAAGGAAAAUGUAGCUCCAGGGCAUUGUUCAGCUGUGGCGCUUACUUCAGUGUGCCUGCAUGUCACCUUUCUAAAUGCUCAGCAGAGCCUUUGCAGUAAAAGGUGUCUGGACGCAAUCAUGGCUAUUGCACCCACAAUAUUCACACCACAGUCAGAUAAGCUCCAGGGUCUCUAAAGGAAGUGACUUUGCACUGGUCUGACCAGCAAUGUGGUGACAUGAAAGACUGUUUGCACUGUUUUUGGACAGCCCAUGAGGAAUUUUAAAAACAGUCCAAUAAUAGUCACGAGAGCAGCACAACAAGGGUUAAGAGUCCCUCGACCAAAGAGUCACACAGGACCUUUUUGGAUCUGUGAUGCACCCUGUGCUUCUCAGAGGCACCCUUCAUUUUUACAGUGCUGUAAAAGUGGCCAUAAAGCUAUGCAUUGUACAUAAUUGUUAGGGACAGCUUUCAGCAACCGAGUUGUCAAAUAGGGGUUGUUGUUGUUAAGUUCACACAGGCAGCCCUGGGCUUACAGGAUCCAGGCUCAGGAUGUGAGAUUCAGCUGAGAUUUAAAGAAUUUACCUAAACCCAUCUGAUGCACCACUUUCCCCCCACAGUUUUCUCUUUACUUAGCCUAAAACAAAAUAUACGACACAGUGGAGCUGCCUGCUCGGACUGGGAGGAGUCUGUAGUCGCCUGGUGUUUUAAUUGGCUGCAGGCUACAGUGAGAAGCGUGAGUAUCAGUAAUUAUUCAGCAAUGUUUUGCACAAGAAAUGUCAGCCAGAAAGGGCUAUCUUCAUCCUCCGUCAAAUUAUACCACAACGAUGACAUGCCCCAACAACCAAGCUGGAAAUUCGUUUUUCGUGGACUCCUUAAUCAACGUGAGAACCGACAGCGGUUCAUAUUACCAGAGUAACGGGGUGUAUUUGCCACCGGCGUCGGAAUAUUCAUAUGGACUCUCCGGUGGCUCUUGUUUCCCGGGGAUCGGUAAGCGCAACGAGCCAAGCACCCAAAGCGUGAUCCCGUCUUCUGCUCCGUAUGUUCAGGGGAUGGAAACGUGGCUGGAAACGUCGAGAUCCUGCCGGGUGGAUCAGCCCAGCGGCCAGCAUAUGGCUCAGUGUUCAUUCUCACCGAAUAUAAAAGAGGAGAGCGCCUACUGCCUUUAUGAGUCUGACAAAUGCCCUAAAGGAGCAACAGUAGAUGACAUUUCCUACUCGUCUGCAUCAUGCCCGGUUACCGGCACAUCUUUGCCAGUCCCCGGCUACUUCCGCCUGUCUCAGACAUAUGCGUCCUCCAGGCUUUACCAUGAUGUCCAGCCAAACAUGAAUCAAUUUACUCUGCAACGUCCUACCCGCGUGGACAGCCAGUCCUCUCAGCCUCAGACUGCCUCUGCUGAGCCGGAGCGCAGGGAGAGCCACGAGGAGGCGCCUGUCCCUGCGCCCUGCGCCCCGGCCGGAGAGGAGGACAGCCGCCUCUCCUCAGAAAGCUCUUCUUCCCCUGAACCCGCUGAGACUUGCAGCGCGGAGUGUCCAGAAAAGCCCGUCAAAGGGGAUGGAAAAAUGGAAAGCACGGCCAACUGGCUCACAGCUAAGAGUGGCCGAAAGAAGCGCUGCCCCUACACCAAGCACCAGACUCUGGAGCUGGAGAAGGAGUUUCUCUUCAACAUGUACUUGACUAGGGAGCGUCGUCUGGAGAUCAGCCGCAGUGUGCACCUCACUGACAGGCAAGUCAAAAUCUGGUUCCAAAACAGGAGGAUGAAACUGAAAAAAAUGAGCCGGGAGAAUAGGAUCCGAGAGCUCUCCAGCAACUUCAGUUUCUCUUGAGACUGUCUGCGUCUUUGGCGCCCUCCUCCAUCCAUGGCAAGGGCGCCUGUGCAGAGCCUCCCAACCCAACUGUGAGAAUGUCCAUGGAAAAUAGGACCCUACUGCUAACUUAUUGAUUGUUGUUCUUUCUAAUUUUCACGUCUGUUUUAUUUUUUUGUCGUGGAUAUGUAUUUAUAAAUGGCUACAUUUGUAAAGUUGUGUUGAAACUGUUCAGAAUGUGACCACAAUGUUUCAGAGCUUCAGGCUUGUACAUAUUGUAUAGUCAACCUGAGUGAACCAUUGGAAUUUGCAUGCUGGACCAACCCUUGGGAUACUUGUGUUACAGUUACAUGUAGACCUUUAUGUGACAGCUAAGGAGCCCAAGAGGUCUGAUAAAUAUUUGCACAUUUUGCUGGUCAAAUUAAUAAAACCAUCCCUGCAA